UGACAGACGGCACUGCUGGGCAUCAUUGAUGGGUGGCACUGAUGGGCAGCACUAAUGAGGUGUCACAGAUAGGUGGCACUGAUAGGCGACACUGAUAAUGGGUACUGAUAGACAGCACUGAUAGGUGGCACUGACUGACAUCACUGCUGGGCACUGACUGGUGGCACUGACUGGCAGCACUGCUGGGCUGCACUGAUGGGUGGCACUGGUGGGCACAGGUGGGCGGCACAGGUGGGUGCAUUGCUGGGCACAGGUGGGCGCACUGCUGGGCACACGUGGGUGCAUUGCUGGGCACAGGUGGGCGCACUGCUGGGCAUAGGUGGGCGCAUUGCUGGGCACAAGUGGGCGGAACUUGUGUGUGGCACAGGUGGGCACCGAUCAUCAGGGCACUGGUGAUCAGUGACCCUGAUGGAUCUGACAGCGUGAGGAAAGUGCAGCCGAGAACCGGCAUUUGCAUUUCCCGGUGAUCAGCGUGUCAUUGGACACGGCUGAUCAC